GCACUGUGGUGUGACGCACGUUAAAGAUUACGCAGCGCAGAAGUGGGCGUGGUCGAGGUCGAAUGGCUCUUUUUCUCCGGAAGAAGUGCUGCUGAAAAGUGAAUGGUCCGAUGUUUUGACUUUGCAACCAUCUACUCCGCUUUUUGGAGCUCCCCUAAUCAUGUCCCAGCUCUCCCUUGCACAUUUCUCCCCUGAAGCCAGGUGCCUCCUAUGCACAUAAGUGGAAUGAGCACAUGACCCCCUUGCACAUCUCUGUCAGUGGGCUCCCAGUUCUGGCCUCUAUGACUAAUUCGACGGACCCACGCUUCCGCCUCAAAUGGAAGGCAAUUGUGGUGCUGGUGGCUUUGAUAGCAGUACUAGCAGUGGUGAUGUAUUUUCAUAGCUCUUCUUUCAGUGAUCCUAAGAAUUUAAUAAAGGGAACCCGAAGAUUUAAAGAUGGAAGAACUGUAAAAGAACUAUAUAAUGAAACUUAUCCUCUCAGCCCCCCUGAACGCAUACCACAUGGAAUACGCUAUCGGAUUGCUGUUAUUGCUGACCUUGAUACUGCUUCACACAGCAAGAAGGACCACACAUGGUUCAGCUAUCUGAAGAGGGGUCAUCUGGUUGUAUCAGAAAGUGGUGAUACAGUAAAUGUGGAAUGGGACAAGGAGGAUGUUGUUUUGGAGGGCCACUUGUCGGAGAAGGGCAGAGGCAUGGAACUAUCUGAGCUUGUUGCAUUUGAUGGGAAGUUGUACAGCGUGGAUGACCGGACAGGAGUGGUGUACCGCAUAGAGGGAAAUAAGGCCAUACCCUGGGCAAUCCUCUCAGAUGGGGAUGGUUCUGUUCCAAAAGGUUUUAAGGCAGAAUGGAUGGCAGUAAAAGAUGAACAUCUAUAUGUAGGUGGUCUUGGAAAAGAGUGGACUACAACCACAGGAGAAGUAAUGAAUGAGAAUCCUGAAUGGGUCAAAGUAAUAGGAACAAGGGGCGAUGUGAACCAUGAGAACUGGGUGGCCCAGUACAACGCCCUGCGAAGAGCUACUGGCAUCCAACCCCCAGGCUACCUCAUCCACGAGUCUGCUGUCUGGAGUGAGACCCUUCAACGGUGGUUUUUUCUACCUCGCCGUGCAAGCAGUGAACGCUAUGAGGAGGCUGCCGAUGAGCGAAGGGGUUCAAAUCUUGUUUUGCGUUGUACUGCAGAUUUCCAAGAUAUCUCUGUAAGCCACGUUGGUGAACUCAUUCCAACACAUGGAUUCUCUUCCUUCAGAUUCAUUCCUGAUACAGAUGACCAAAUUAUUCUUGCUCUGAAGUCAGAAGAAGACGCUGGUAAAAUAGCUACUUACAUCACCUCUUUUACACUGGAUGGACGCGUUCUUUUACCUGAGAUGAAGAUUGGAGAUGUUAAAUAUGAAGGACUUGAAUUUGUUUAAGUAAUAUUUAUUCAAGCUGUUUAAGUAGUACUUUGCACUUCAUUUUUAAAUGUUAAAAAUUAAACAGAUUUCUUCUCCUAACA